AUGGCGGACGUGAGUGAUCCAAGUGAACUCUUCGAUCUCGAGCUGCACGAGGAUGACAAAGCCCGAGAUUCGGAUGACGACAGGAUCGAAUUGGAUGAUGUUGAUCUAGAACCGGAAUUGAGCAUAAAUCUACAUCAAGACAAUGAGGGCCAGGAGACUAUACAGCUCUCGGAGGAGAAUGUCAAUCCAGGCAAAAUCAAAUUGGGCCCCAAGGACUUUGAGCUUAAGAAAGUUUUGGGCAAAGGUGGUUACGGCAAAGUAUUUCAGGUGCGUAAAACCGCUGGACGUGAUGCCAACAAAUAUUUUGCUAUGAAAGUGCUCAAAAAGGCAUCGAUAGUGACCAAUCAAAAGGACACGGCGCACACGCGAGCUGAACGCAACAUACUGGAGGCUGUAAAGCAUCCGUUUAUCGUGGAACUGGUGUAUGCCUUUCAAACAGACGGUAAACUGUAUCUGAUACUCGAGUAUCUGAGCGGUGGUGAGCUGUUUAUGCAUUUGGAGCGCGAGGGCAUCUUUUUGGAGGACACUACAUGCUUCUAUUUGAGCGAAAUUAUAUUGGCAUUGGGACAUUUACACAAACUUGGCAUUAUUUAUCGCGAUCUGAAGCCAGAGAAUAUAUUGCUAGAUGCCCAGGGACAUGUGAAGCUAACAGAUUUUGGUCUGUGCAAGGAGCACAUACAAGAGGGUAUUGUCACCCACACCUUCUGCGGCACAAUUGAGUACAUGGCACCUGAAAUCCUCACCAGAAGUGGCCAUGGCAAAGCCGUUGACUGGUGGUCACUAGGCGCACUCAUGUUUGACAUGCUCACAGGCGUGCCACCAUUUACCGCCGAGAAUAGGAAGAAAACCAUUGAGACCAUAUUGAAAGCAAAGCUUAAUCUGCCAGCCUACCUCACACCCGAAGCCAGAGAUCUGGUGCGACGCCUGAUGAAGCGACAGGAGCCACUGCGUCUGGGCAGCGGACCCGAGGAUGCGGCAGCCGUACAAAUACAUCCAUUCUUCAAGCAUGUCAACUGGGAAGAUGUUGUCGCCCGACGUUUAGAGCCGCCCAUUAAACCGUUGCUGCGAAGCGAGGAUGAUGUUUCCCAGUUUGAUACGAGAUUCACAAGACAAAUUCCAGUGGAUUCACCGGACGAUACAACGCUCAGCGAAAGUGCCAAUUUAAUUUUCCAAGGUUUUACCUAUGUCGCACCAUCGAUACUGGAGGAUAUGCACCGGGCCAAUAGAAUGCCGGCACGUUCACCACGUCGCACUCCGCGACAGCAUCAGCAUCCGGACAACAGUUUUCGAUUGCAGUUCCCAUCGGCGAAUGCGAAUAUGGGCGCCAAUGCGCCCAUGGUAAUGCAACGCUCGACGAUGUUUGCCCGUGCCACGCCUCCACAUCAGCAUCCACAUCCGCAUCAUAUGCAAACAUUUGCGCCACGCCCAUCGCCAGCGCAGGACGAGAUGAUGGAUGUGCAGCAGGGACUGCCGAUGGUCUAAGGUUACUAUAAUGACGAAAAGGCAAAGGAGGAAACAGUCCGAGAGUUGGAGGGAGAAGAAAUUGAAGCGAAAGAGAGCAGAUUGUUUUUGUUAUGAUAGAUCGAGAGAGAGAGGAAAGAGAGGGACGAAAGAGCUACGAUGAACGUUUUGUUUGGAUAUACAUAAAUACUACAGUUAGAGACAUACACAUAACAUAAUCUAAUAUAUAACAUAUGCUAUAGCCAUAGCUUACUAUACAUAUAUAGAAUAUAACUAUAUCUCUAUGUAGAGUGCUAGAGAGCGAACGGAUGAAGAGAGAGAAAUGAAGCAAGAGCGAGAAUAUCUAGAUGGAAAGCGAGAAUUGUGUAAAAUAUUUACCUACUUACUAACUAUAUUUUAUACUUAUAGGCAAAAAGGUUUAAACAAUUUAGUUCAAAUGUACACUUUCAACUUUUUGAUUUUUUUAUAUACAUAUACACACACAAAACUCACACACACACAAACAUAGAUAUAUAUAUAUAAACUUAUAUACAUAGGACAAAAAUUAUAAUUAUGUUGCAGAGUUAUAAUGAUUUAACUGAACCAUUUAUUAUGAUUAUGAAAACAAUAUGUUGUUUAGAGUCAAGCUUUAAAUUCAUUAUUUCUUGUCUAGCCAUUUAAAAGAAAAGAAGAGUAACCUCUGUGUAUAGUGACCAUAGUUAUAGGACUGCAAAAUCAAUCCCCACUUUACAACUAACACAAUAAUGAUAAUGCUAAUGCUAAAUUUAAUAAAAAUGAAUAUAUUAAUGAAAAGAAACGAUAUUGAAAAAAGGUUUCCACGCUGGUCAAGGUGCAUGUUUACAUAGCCAACUUAUUGAGUUUUCUUGAUUAAUUUGUUUAAUUUUUAUUCAUAGAUUGUUUAUCCUAACGGCGGAGAACUCGCUUUCAGUUGCUGCGCAACAAUUUCUUAGUUAUGUUACCUAAAAGUUGUUCGAUUCUUUACAAACUACAAAACAAAAUAAGGCAUUUCUUAAAACAAAAGCGGCAAAAUGAAUAAUACAAAAAAUGAAAUUAACUAAAUAAUAGUCAAGUCGUUAAAAUAUGAAACUGAACCCCGAUGAUGCUAUAUUUUAAAUCCAAUAAUUAUUGUGUACUGAGAAACUAAAUGCUGCCACAACAACAACAAAAAACACAUAAGAAAGUAACUAAAAAUUGAACAAAAACGAAUGUACAAUUUAAAUUGUGUAUGUACUUUGAUUAUAUUCUGUUUCAGUUGUUUUUUGUUUAUCCUCUUAUUAUUGAUAUUUGCAAACUAAUAAUAAAAAUCGCAUAAAAAAAUAAAAAUAUGAAGAAAAAAAACAGAAGAAAAAUAAAAAAAGAAAACAAAAUACAAUGUCAAAUAUAAUCAAAAGGUGCUUUGAAUUGUUUACAAAAAGACAAGACAACUACAAUACAAAUAAAAAACAAACAAAACAAAAAAUGAUAAACAAACUAUUGAAAACGAGAACGACUAAAAACUAAAUACUUAUAAUGGUUAUGUGUAUAAAUAAAAUGCAAGAAAAAAACAAAACAUAUUUAUAUAAACAAAAAGAAAAUACCUCAAAAGCAAUUAUUUUUGUUAAAAAAAAAGGAAAAGAAAAGAAAACCAACUAAAUUAUAAUACAAUAAAAAAUAUAACUAUGAUAAAAAGAGAGCAAAUGCAACAAAUAUUUAGCUAACGAAAAUGUUUGUAUGCGAUUUAAGCAAGAAAACUAAAUAUAAAUAUAUAAAGAUAAAUAUUUGUUUGGAUUGUAAAACU